ACUUUUUUUUUCACCAUGGUCAACUUAGAGCAAUCCUUGGGCUUGAAAGUCAAGGUCACCACCAUUUUGGACAACACCAUCACUGGCACCAUCUUUGCUUACUCUCCCACCUCUCAGUUGUUGACCUUGCAGCAGGAUACACCCUCCAAGUCUGACCUGGCCAGCUACCGAAUCAUCAAGACUGAGUUCUUGAAGGAGUUACAAGUGAUUCCGAACGGUGCGAAGGGCGCUGCCAAGAACGGCAAGACCAAGGCGUACCAGUUCUCUAGUUUCUCUAAGAUCCAACCUGCCGUGCACGCCUUAGACGAAGCUGCAAUCACUGCGAAGGUGGCAGAGAAAAUCAAGCAGUGCGAAUUGGCAUUGAAGACCACCAACAAGAACGCCUCCUCAGAAGGCCAGGAAAUCUUCAACAAAUUGUACAAGACAUUACCGGAUGUCAAGUGGAUCGGCACCGAUAUCGUGGUGUUGGGAGAAGUCAAAAUUGCCAAGCCGUACUUUGUUAAGGAUAUCUCGAACAACGCCGGUGCCAAGGAAAACCCGCUAAUCGCCAGGAUUGUGGGCGGCUAUUGGUUAGACCAGGAGAACAGCAAGAAGGGAGGUUAAAAAAGAAAAUUGGAAUAAUAAUAAAAAAAAGUAAUAAAAUGAU